AUGCAGUACGUUCAGCUUACAAUCGAGCUCAUCACCAAGGCCUUCGAGACAUUUUCUUCUAAGAAGGGAGUGGAGUUUACCAAGAAAGAUGCAAAUAAGAUCUUUAAGGCGCUUGAUGAGGAUGAGGGAGUAGAGAGAUACUACUUUUGUGGUGCAAAGUGCACCAAGUCCAAGCGCAAAUGCAUGAAGGAAGUUGAUGAUGAAGGCAUGCAUUGUUAUGUCCACGAUCCUGCGCGCAAGUGUCAAGGCACAACCAUUAAGGGCGCUAAUUGUGGUAGUGUAGCCAAACUUGGUGAAACAUACUGUGGACGUCAUCGAGAGCAGCAUAAAGGUCAUAUGAAAAGCAGUAACAAUAAGGCACCUGCCAACAAGCGUACCAAGUCUUCCAAGAUAACCAAGAAGACACAUACUCCUGAGUUUGUCCCUUCAGAUGAUGAUAUGACUUCCGAGGAUGAAGAACCAAAGAAGCGAAAGAGAAACAAGCAGGAGUCAUCGGAUGAGGAGCCGUCCGAUGAUGAUGAAGAAGAUAUAAUUGCCGUCUCCUUUCCGUUGAGUCCAAAGAUGGGACUCCAAGAGGCAACUCCUGCUGAUGUAGAAAAAAUAGAAGAGUCUUCUGCUGAUGAGAAUUCUGACGAUGAUACAGAUGAUGGUGAUACGUCUGAUGAUGCUGGCUCUGACGAUGAUUCCCCUGAUGAUAAAGACUCUGAUGAUGGCAAGUCCAAUAACAGACCUGAUGUAGAAUCUGGAGAUGAUACCUCUAAGGAUAACCCUGAUGAAAAACUAUCUCAUAAAAAAUCAGAGAAAGACAUAGCACGUGCGAAGGACAGAGGAUGGAUGAUUCAUCCUAAUAACGACAUGCUUGAGUAUGCAACUAAGUUUACGAUGAAUGGCAAGUACAUUGUCAGGCUAUCUGGAAAGAAUACAUACGUUGGCCUGUUUACGCUUGAUGCUCUGCGCGGUGUCGGUGAUGUUCCAGAGUUGGAUAUCUUGGAACGCUCCAUGCUUAGCAAGAUGAAACUUCAACCAUUGUCUGAUGAAGAGAGAAAGACGCUUUUCAACGAGGAGAUCGAAGUAGAAGAAGAAGUACCAGUAGAAGGACCAACAGAUAAAUCCAAGGUGAUAUGGAAAAAACUUAACAAGUACUUGGAAUAUUCCGAGAAUGUACUUGUAAAUGGAAUGCACAUUCUCAAGAUGCGCAAAAAAGACACUGUAAUCGGCUUGAUGACUGAUGACCAUAUUGCUGCAGAGAAUGUAGAGUGUCAUUCUCUUAGCCAGAAGGAAAAAGAGAAGUUGUUUGCUAUGGGAUUUAAACCGCAUGAGCAUAAGCAAAGCUUGCCACAGAAAGAUGAGAGCACAUGUGAGGAUGAUAAAGAUGCUGAGGGCGAUAAAGAUGCUGAGGAUGACAAAGAUGCGGUGGGUGAUAAAGAUGCUGAAGAUGACAAAGAUGCUGAGGGUGAUAACGAUGCUGAGGAUGACAAAGAUGCUGAGGGUGAUAACGAUGCUGAAGAUGAUAAAGAUGCUGAGGAUGAUAAAGAUGCUGAGGAUGUUAUGUGGAAAAGUCGAGACAAAUUUACCAACAACAAACAAAAGCAGAAGUUAAUUGCCAUGGGGUUCACGAUCGAGGAAUUGCCUAAAUUGUACUCUCCAGAUGUAAAGUUUUGGUAG